GCCAUCCUUGUGUAAUGCCUCAACUUCUUCUUCCAUCUCCACGAAUAAAUUAAAAGCCUUUCUUAGCUUCCAUUGUCUUUAUAUACUAUUCUUCAUUCAAUUCAAUAACCUUGAAUCCUUCGUCCCUCGACCGGAUCGGUUCGGAUGCCUGCGAACCGGUUCCCGCGCCUGGGCAUCCUGGCGAAUGGGGUCAGGAGGAGGACGAGAAGCUACCAUUACUACUGGUGCAGGCGUUGCCUGAGAUCAAUCAGAACCGUUUCCGCCAACCCCGCCGGUUUACUCUGCCCGCGUUGUUUCACCCAGAUUGGCUACGAGCCCGGUGCUUAUCCCAGGGGGAGGGAGGAAGAAGAAGAAGGAGGAGCAAGAGGGUUGCUCGACGCGUUUACUAUCCUUCUAGACCCCCCUCCCUGGGAUCAGUACACGCGGUGGCGGCGGCAAGUCAUCGCGCAGUUCAUUGGCCCUGACGAGCCGCCGCCUCCGCCUCCUAGGCCUGUCUCUCCUGACCUCAAUGCUCUCUAUUAUUUGCCGCAAAAUAGGAUUUGGGAGCGACAAUAUGAGGAGCCCGUGAUUGAAGAGGAAAGCGCGGGGCCGCCGCCCGCAACACCUGCGGCAAUUGAAUCUCUGCCGGAGGUGGAGAUCGCGGCGGCUCAUCUGGCGAACAACCCGGCUUGCCCCGUCUGCAAGGAGGAGUUCGAGGUGGGGGAGAAAGCGAGGGAGUUGCCUUGCAAGCAUUUCUACCAUUCUCCCUGUAUCGUCCCCUGGCUCCAAAUCAAAAACACCUGCCCCGUUUGCCGCUCUCCCCUGCCAAAUUCUUCGCCCCACAUUCUGCAACCAGAUAACUACCGUACUAACGGAGAAGACGAAGACGGGGACGACGAUGAUUUUGAUGACCCCGAGACGAACCCUCUCGUGCGGGGGUGGUCUUGGGUUAUGUCGUCUUGGCCAUUCAGACUGCUGUCGAAUUGUAUAGAACAUCUAACAAUUCCUCCGGAAAACAUUGUUCCUUCUUCUCAAUCUAGAGAGAGACAUUGGGAGCGGUUCUGGUUCACAGAUUGACAGCCGAGCAGAAAAGAGAUGAAUUCUUUCCGGCACAAAGCAAAAACCAGACAAGAAAGGGGGGGAAUUAGAGGAAGGCAGGCCAACGUAGCAUUAUGCAUGGAAGAAUGCAGAGUUGGAGGAUGUGUGCACACAGAGUGACGCUAGAAAAAAAACCAAUUAUUUAAUCAAUCAAUUUAAUAAUAUUGGAAUAUUUGU